GGCGCUAAGAUGGCGGCGGCGUGAGUUGCAUGUUGUGUUAGGAUCCCGGGGGCCUGGAUCCGUCGCUCGGGCCCCGCCAUGGCCGUUACCAUCACUCUCAAAACGUUGCAGCAGCAGACCUUCAAGAUACGCAUGGAACCUGACGAGACGGUGAAGGUGCUCAAGGAGAAGAUAGAAGCCGAGAAGGGUCGUGAUGCCUUCCCCGUGGCGGGGCAGAAGCUCAUUUAUGCCGGCAAGAUCCUGAGUGAUGACGUCCCCAUCAAGGACUAUCGAAUAGAUGAGAAGAACUUUGUGGUUGUUAUGGUGACCAAGACCAAAGCUGUCCCAGGCACCUCAGCCCCUGCAGAGACCUCGCCUACUGCUGCCCCCGAGUCUUCCACAGCCUUCCCGCCAACCCCUGCCUCAGGCAUGUCCCAGCCCCCAGCUGCCCGAGAGGACAAGAGCCCGUCAGAGGAGUCGGCCCCCACGAUGUCCCCGGAGUCUGUGUCAGGCUCUGUUCCCUCUUCAGGUAGCAGCGGGCGAGAGGAUGAUGCGGCCUCCACACUAGUGACAGGCUCCGAGUAUGAAACCAUGCUGGCGGAGAUCAUGUCCAUGGGUUACGAGCGGGCGCGGGUCGUGGCUGCGCUGAGAGCUAGCUACAACAACCCCCAUCGUGCUGUGGAGUAUCUUCUCACGGGAAUUCCUGGGAGCCCUGAGCCAGAGCACAGCUCCGUCCAGGAGAGCCAGGCACCCGAGCAGCCGGCCACAGAAGCAGCAGGAGAGAACCCCCUGGAGUUCCUGCGGGACCAGCCCCAGUUCCAGAACAUGCGACAGGUGAUCCAACAGAACCCGGCGCUGCUGCCCGCCCUGCUCCAGCAGCUGGGCCAGGAGAACCCUCAGCUCUUACAGCAAAUCAGCCGGCACCAGGAGCAGUUUAUCCAGAUGUUGAACGAGCCCCCUGGGGAGCUGGCAGACAUCUCAGACGCAGAGGGGGAGGCAGGGGCCAUUGGUGAGGAGGCCCCCCAGAUGAACUACAUCCAGGUGACACCGCAGGAGAAAGAAGCCAUAGAGAGGUGUCCCCAUUCCCAUCUUGGCCUGAGAAGACCCAGGCUAGACAGCUGUCCUCCAACCCAGCGACCCCCCUCCAUAGAGCUGGCAGGCCUGGGAAGCAGAUGGACCCCUCUUGGCCUCUGUCCCAGCGCCUGCCGCCAGAUGGAGAGACACUGCUGCCUCCCCCCCCCUCCCCCAGCCCUCUAAUGGGAACUGGAGCCUGAACUUUUGAUCCUCUAUUGGAGUGGCCCAAAUGUCCCCAUCUGGAACCCAGGUCCCCUUCCCCCUAGU